AUGGACAUUAAUAGUAAUAACAAUAAUGAUAAUGAUAAUAACAAUAAUACUUUUAUCAGUAUGAGUGGAGAAGAGAAGAUUGCUUAUUACAAUAGAUCAAAUGAGGUUAUUAUUAUUGACCAAAAGCCAACUUUCGUAGUGGUAAAUGAUGAUUAUGAUAUUGGCGUCAAUGAAUUAAAUAAUAGUAAUGUGAAUGGCGAUGAUCUAAAUGGUAAUAUAAAUCUUGGUAAAAGUUUGGAUAAAAGUUUGGACAAUAGUAAUAACAAUAGUCUUAAGAAUAGUAGAAAUAAUAAUGAAUUAAAUAGUAACAAAGAUAAGCAAUUAAAUGAAAGCGAUGAAGAAAAGAGAUAUCAGAUUCCACUUCCAAAUUUCAUAAAGAAUAGCAAGAUGAUGUCUCGUUACGCCGAUAAGAUGAUUCCAAAGUUUCCGAAGUCAAUCAGAGAUCGUAUUAAUCCAUUUACAUUAAUAUUUCUGCACAGAAAUAAAGAUGUAAGAUCGUGUUUUGGGUUACCAAAAAUUGGUUGGUCAACCGAUAUUAAACCCUCUACUAAAACAGCUGCAAAAAAAACACAAAAACUAUUACAGGAACAAAACCUACCCCCGCACUUCCUUCAUAGAAAUGAUCCAGUUUUAGAUAAUUUAUUAACUGAAGGACAAUUUGAAAGAUAUUUUAAUAUUAUAUGUAAAAAGAAAGUUAGAGUAUUAAUUAGCGUGGCUAUACUAAUGCAGAUAUUUCUAUCGCUUUUCACAUAUCUAAAGUUUGGAAACUAUGUUUUCAAGAGAGACGUUGGAAUUUCCACUGAAUUGGUUGUUACAUUGAUUUGUGCAUUUGCAGUCAUUGUUUUUCCAAAGACAACCAGUCGAGUCGAAGUUGUAUAUCUUCAAAUUCUAUUAUUAACGAAUAACAUAACAAGAAUUUGGUGGGAAGAUUGGUUUCCUCCUUACGAGCCAUCUUAUCAAAUAUUUUUAUGGAUCAAUUUCUCGGUACCGACUGCCAAGUUUUGGAGAUCUUCAAUCACUGGAUUCAUUGGAAUCGCUUGUUUGGUGACGAUCCGUUUGGUACAAAAGUACGAUACCGUCACCAAUAUCAUUGUCUCUCAGGGAGGUAGCUAUCUGCUCUACCAUAUCGCUGUUGGAUUUGGAACACGUCUCAAUGAGAUUGCCAACAAAGCUCUGUUUGCCGAGAUCGUUCAAGCCAAUCCAGCGCUACCCGCACACAAGACCUACUUUAUAUUCGAGCGAUACUACGAUCGUAUCAGUAAUCGUUUCACUCAACGCUUCCGUGACAAAGAGAUGGAGCAAGGUUUCCUCAAGUUCUACUCGUCCGAGUCGAUUGUCGAGGUCGGUGUUGUCGUGUCGACACUGGCUACCUCGGUCUACUAUGUGAUUCAAGACAUCCGUUAUCACAACCCCGGAAUGCUCUUGAUGUUCUUACUCCUCAGAUUCCUUGUUAUCGUACCGAGCACUCUCGGUCUAAUAGAAAAGAAUCAGAGACUUCGUUAUCUUGUGCAGAAUCAUGCGCAUGCCAUUCUAAAGGAUGCACAACUGCAACAGGUUGUCAUCACUACCGACGACUCUAACAACAAAACAACAAAUCCAGAUGAGAUUGAUAUCGAUACCGAUAACAACAACAACAAUAACAAUAGUAAAAAUGAUAUCGAACUUCAUAGAUUCAAUGAUAACUCUAAACAAGAAUUAUCAAUUAACAACACUUGUAAUAAUAGUAAUAUUAGUAAUAAUAAUCCAUAUACAUUACGCAAUAGUAAUAAUAGUAACAAUAACAAUAAUAAUAGCAACAACAGAUCACACGAUGACUUGUCGUCUUCAUCAAAUUCAUCAUCAUGUUCAGUUUCAACUUCUCCCACUCAGCACAAAGGAAAGAAGAAUAUCUUAAAUUACCCACAACUUUCAAAGUCAACUAGUAGUGCUGGUGCCAAUACAAGUACUGAGAGAGGUUUCAAAGUCGCUUGCACAUGA